AUGCGCAAGAUGUUUGUGAGUCAGAUGCUAAGCAAAACCAAUCUUGAUGAUUGUUAUGCUAUGAGAAAAGAGGAGAUGCACAAGUCGAUCAGUCAGAUUUAUCAUGACAAAAUUGGAACCCCAACUGACUUGGCCCAGUUUGCAUUUUCCACAUCAAUCAACACAACCAUGCGUAUGCUAUGGGGUACCACUCUACAAGGAGAGAACGGGGGUGACUUUGGGGAAGAGUAUAGAAAAGUUGCGGCAGAAUUGAUGGACAUACUCGCAAAACCAAACAUCUCGGACUACUUUCCUGCGCUUGCAAGGUUGAGGCAAGCAAAGAAAAUUCAAUCCAAGAUUGACAAGAUUCUAACUUGUGCCAUAUAA